AUGUCCUCGCCGGUGCGGUCGGCUUCGGAGCCAUCAGACGAGGAAGAACACUGCGAGCCCUCGCCCGAGUCCAACAUCAGAGAGUGCGGAUACGAGAAAUGGGGCUUCGUCAUCUACCGGACAACGUACGACGGGUCCUCGGCCCGCCCCUGGGAGGACUUCAAGGACGGCGUCUUGAUCAACGCGCGCAGCUCUAUUCUCAAGUCGGACGCCCCAGAAAUCUUGGACACCAUGGAUUUUUUCUUCGUUGAGGACAUCGCCCUUGAGGGCGCCUCGGUUGAGGACCUGCAGCGCCGCUUCCGAGCCUGGGUGGAAGGGGAGGACAUGGUGCCUUUCGAGAUGAGCGAUGGCAACGACAAGGUCUACGUACCGCGCGGCGCGAGGCACGAGUUCUUCAUCAAGGUUAACGACGUCGGACUGCGUGCUUCCUACGUCAGCCUCGUUCGCGGCUUCCCGGAGGUCCCGACGGAGGAGGGUCGUGAGCACGUCAAGGUCUGGCAUCACGCCAUCGGAGCCGAGCUCUAUGACGAGCUGGGCGACCCAAACGCUGCUUGGACAGGGCGUUUCUACAGGUCCGUCCUACCUACACACCUGGUUGCUCAAGGCUGUUGA